GCGCUUGGAAGCUCGAAAAAAGCUCUCUCUCUCUCUCGCUCUCUCGCUCUCUUUCCUCGUUUUGGGGCUCUGAUGAUGUUGUCGGGUGGCUUCUCCUCAAGCUCCCCGCCGUUUCUCUUGCUUCUUGACUCCUGACUUCUUCGCGAUCCGUAGUUCUGGCUUCUCUAACAUGGCUGAUACACAAUCAGUUGCAAUACUUAUUGAUUCCACGACCUCAAAGAUUCAACAACUGCAGCAGGCAUUUGCUGAACUUGAAAGCCAUAAUGCUGUCUCUUUGAACUUGAAAUGGAAAGAACUUGAAGAGCAUUUUCAUGGUCUUGAGAAUUCAUUAAAGACAAGAUUUGUUGAGUUGCAAGACCAGGAAAAGGAAUAUGAAACCAAAGUAAUGGAGACCCAGGAGAUGUUGGAAAAGCAAGAGGCUGUGGUUGUGGCCAAGGAACAAGCUACACUGGAGCAACUACAAGGAAAAAGAGAUGCGGCACUAUCUGAUAUAGGAUAUGUCUUUGGCAAGUACAGGGUCCUACCCCCAGUGUCUAUGAAGGAUGUGAGCAAUGGUGUGCCUGAUACUAUGAUCGAGGAAAAAUUAGAUGUUAAGCCUGUCUCAUUGAACUCAGAUGAAGUAAUAGUCAAAGAAGACAAUAAUCCUCAGUCAGAAUUGAUGAAGUUGUGUGAAAAUAUGGAUUCCAAGGGUCUCCAUAAGUUCAUUUCAGACAAUAGGAAGAAUCUAGCAUCGAUACGUGAAGAAAUCCCUAUUGCUUUGAGGAAUGCAGCUGAUCCUUUUGCUCUGGUUUUGGAUUCAUUGAAAGAUUUCUAUUCUGGUGAGAUUCUAGGGUUAGAUGGGAAGAAGGAUGCAAGCCUGUUGGGUCUCCGUAGGACUUGUCUCAUGCUAAUGGAAUCCCUUGGCUCAUUAAUGGAAGAUACUGUGUCUGAUUAUCCUUAUAAUAAAAUACUUACAUCAGAUAUUAGGCAGCAAGCAAAGCUGAUUGCUAAUGACUGGAAACCGAAGUUGAAUGAUCUUGACAUUGAUGCCAACAAUGGUAACUCCCUAGAAGCCCAUGCAUUCCUUCAGCUACUGGCUACGUUUGGUAUUGCUUCCGAGUUUGAUGAGGGUGAGAUAUGUAAACUUAUCCCAGCUGUUUCUAGGAGGCGCCAAACAGCUGAUCUAUGUCGGUCACUUGGGUUGACGCAAAAAAUGCCAGGUGUGAUCGAAGCUCUCAUCAAUAGUGGAAGGCAGAUUGAUGCUGUUAACUUAGCAUAUGCAUUUGACCUUACACAGCAAUUUGCUCCUGUGCCUCUACUGAAAGCAUAUUUGAAGGAAGCAAGAAAAAUUUCUCACCACAAAGCUGGCAACGCAUCUCCAGGCGCACAGAAUGAACUGAAUGAGCGCGAGUUGACUGCUCUAAAAGUUGUAAUCAAAUGCAUUGAGGACCACAAACUUGAGGAACAAUACCCUGUCGACCCACUGCAGAAACGAAUCAUGCAGCUGGAGAAAGCCAAGGCAGACAAGAGACGGGCCGCUGAAACCGCCAAACCUCAAUCCAAAAGGCCCCGUGCAAAUGGCACCACCUAUGCGCCCCGUGUGACGUCCAUCCCAGAGAAGAGCUUCUACCGUCCACCUGAUCGAUACCCGUACUCUUAUGACAGGCAAUUUGUGUACCCAACUGAACCUCAUCCACCACCACCUCUUAUGGGAUCAGUGUCCUACACCAUCUCCCCUACUCACAGCACUUACUAUGGGAAUGGCUAUCAGGUUCAGUACCAAACCUCUUUCAUACACUAGAACGUUGAAAACACAGGUGGUUGUGAUCUUUCCUAACUAGUAGCUUUUUAACCCAUCUGUAUCUGUCUUUGUUGUACUUUGGGUGUGCCUUUCUUUGUAUCAAAAAAACUACGUUGUCAUAGUUCAUGUAUUUCUUGUGUACUAGAAAAGUGUUGUGUAUUGUGAGUGUGGAAGGCCUCUGAGCUGAUCCUUUUGACACUAAGUACAUAUUUGUGCUCUGAUAUCUAAUUAUGAUUAUUAUCUUCUGUUUA